AUGGAUUCAAGCACCCUUUUUCGCGUUGACGGCAUGGUCGCCGUCAUCACUGGCGGAGGCAGUGGUAUCGGUCUCACUAUGGCGAAGGCACUGGCUGCCAACGGAGCCCAGAAGGUCUACAUCCUAGGUCGCCGCCUGGAUGUUCUGCAGGCGGCAGCCAAGGACAAUGCAGCCUUUGUUCCGAUUCAAUGCGACGUCAGUUCCAAAAGUGACCUCCAAGCCGCUGUCGACCAGGUUACCACGGAGGUCGGCUAUGUCAAUCUUGUGAUUGCCAACUCUGGUGUUUUGGGCCCUCCGGUCCGUUUCAACCCGGAUGAGAACAUCUCGGAGACGCGCAAGACAAUGUUCGACAAUUUCAACAUGCAAGACAUGAACGAUGUGCUGAACAUCAACGUGACGGGCGCGUACUUCACGAUGACUGCUUUCCUUGAGCUGCUUGACGCUGGCAACAAAAACGCGCUCAAGGGUGGUUUUGGAAAGCCCGCUCCUGGUGGGAAAGUCCCGACUGUCCAAAGCCAGGUCAUCUUCACUUCCAGCAUUUCAGCCUUCAGUCGUCAUCGGGUCUCGACGCCUCCUUACACGACUAGCAAAGUUGCGAUCAUGCAUGUGACCAAACAUUCCAGCACCCAGUUAGCCAAGUUUGGCAUUCGCGUCAACGCUCUCGCCCCAGGAUUGUAUCCAUCCGACAUGGCUGCUUCAAUCAUUGGUGACAGAAAGCCAGAGGACGAGACCCCAAGUGAUGACAAGUUCAUCCCGGCUCAGAGAUUCGGUGGCGAUGAGGAAAUGAGCGGCGCCAUUCUGUACCUCGCGAGUCGAGCAGGAAGCUAUUCUAACGGUUCAAUUCUUCUCACCGACGGUGGUCGCCUUUCUGUCAUGUCUGGAACCUACUAA